UUUAAAAUUCGGGCUGCGUGUUGGUACUGGUGGUAUUUGACCUCUUGAUUUUAUUUCAAUUAAUAAAAUUUCAAGACUGGUCACUGUCCACGCCAAAAAGUACCAUUUAUGAUCGAAAUCACGUAAAAUGAGAAUACAUCCACGUAUCCUGUCGACGGCAGCGGCUAUAGCGGUAACUUGCGUUGUGUCUGCUGCGGCUUACUUCUUCAAAAGCCGCCGCAGCAGUGAAUUAAACGAAGUGAUGAUAUUUUGCAAGUUGCAAUUCAACGCGUACAACUACUUCGACAAACUGAUAAGCUAUGUGGAAGCUGCUAAGCGGAGCGUCAACGUAUGUAUGCCGGGUAUUCACAAUCCAGCUAUUCAAGGACGGUUGGUUAGUCUAAUCAAAAAGAAGAAUAUCAAAGCCCGUAUUUUGAUUGACCCGUCUGGAUACAACGAAUCCACAGAGUUCUUCAUGAAAGAACUUGCAGAAGCCGGCGCUGAAAUCAAGUGCAUAGUAAAUGAACCAAUAAGGCGAAUGCAUCAUAAGUUCUGCUUGAUCGAUGAUAACGUACUCAUGGCGGGCACUCUCAACUGGGGUGACGACCGCUCCUCGGAUCACUGGAAUUACGUGUAUAUCACCAGUAAACUAGAGCUCGUGGAACCAGUGAAGAACGGGUUUUAUCAAAUGUGGAACGACUUCUCAAUGGAUGCAGCUCAUGUAGCUUCUGUAGAAGCUUCAGAAGACAACCUCGAAGACAGUGGUACCACUGCAGAAGUCGAAUACAAAAGCCCAAAUGUCAGCAUAUCCGAAAAUAAACAGAAAAAUCCAACACCAGAGUUGGUCCUAGUAUAGUUUUAAAUUAUUUAUUCAGUAUUUAAUGAAAUCACAAAUGUUUCUAAUUUCAAACAUGCCCAGUUACAUUAUUUAUUAACAAUAUUUUAUGGCAGAGACU